AAACACGCCUGUCCUCCAUUGCCCAAAUCUCACAUUUGAAGGUUAAAGUCAGUCAGUGUUCAUCAUACCGCACUUCAAUCCAGCGGUAACCACUCUCCCCCCUCUUCUCUACAUUUACAGACCCAUUAAACCAGCAAAAUGUCGAUAUUUGGUGAAGUCCCACAGGCUGCUCCUGUCGCAGUGUUCAAACUGACAGCAGAUUUCCGUGAGGAUCAGGAUCAGAAGAAGGUGAAUCUGGGAGUCGGAGCCUACAGGACAGAUGAAUGUCAGCCCUGGGUUCUCCCCGUGGUGAGGAAAGUGGAGAAGAUGAUCGCUGAUGACCACAGUUUGAACCACGAGUACCUGCCCAUCCUAGGCCUGCCAGAAUUUCGUUCCAGCGCAUCUAAGAUCGCUCUUGGUGAAGACAGUCCUGCUAUUAAGGAGAACCGGGUAGGGGCUGUGCAGUGUUUAGGAGGUACUGGUGCUCUAAAGAUCGGAGCUGAAUUUCUUCGCCGCUGGUACAAUGGAACUGACAACACAAAAACUCCAGUUUAUGUGUCUGCACCAACAUGGGAAAACCACAAUGCCGUUUUCUCUAAUGCUGGGUUUGAGGACAUCCGUCCAUACAAAUACUGGGACCCAGUGAAGCGUGGACUCGAUCUGGCAGGUUUUCUGGGUGACAUGGAG